AGGAAAGAGAGAUUCUUCCUCCUCGAUUCCAGCGAAGGAAAAGCGUAUUCCUCGUGAGCACUACCUUCUUCUUCUUCUUCAGUCUACGUUCACACAAUCUUCACCCUCACACCCAUCCAAGCUCGUAGGAUGACGUCAGAUGGAGCUACGUCGACGUCAGCAGCGGCAGCAGCUGCGGCUGCAGCGAGGAGGAAACCGUCGUGGAGGGAGAGGGAGAACAAUCGGAGGAGAGAGAGACGGAGAAGAGCCGUAGCAGCCAAGAUAUACACAGGGCUAAGAGCACAAGGUGAUUACAACCUCCCAAAGCAUUGCGAUAACAAUGAGGUCCUCAAGGCUCUCUGUUCUGAAGCUGGUUGGGUUGUUGAAGAAGAUGGCACCACUUAUCGCAAGGGAUGCAAGCCUCUACCUAGUGAGAUAGCUGGGACAUCGUAUCAUCAUUACUCAUCCCAAAACCAAAGCCCUCUUUCUUCAGCCUUUCAAAGUCCCAUCCCUUCUUACCAAGUCAGCCCUUCUUCCUCAUCUUUCCCCAGUCCUUCUCGUGGUGAACCAAACAACAACAGCUCCCCCUUCUUCCCCUUCCUCGGAAACGAAGGCAUCCCUUCCUCUCUUCCUUCCCUCAGAAUCUCAAACAGUUGUCCCGUCACUCCACCGCUCUCAUCUCCAACUUCCAAGAACCCUAAACCUUUACCCAACUGGGAGUCUAUUGCUAAGCAGUCAAUGGCCAACGCUAAACAAUCAAUGGCGUCCUUUAACUAUCCUUUCUACGCGGUUUCUGCGCCUGCUAGUCCCACUCAUCGCCAGUUUCAUGCUCCGGCGACUAUACCUGAGUGUGAUGAGUCUGACGCGUCCACUGUUGACUCUGGUCAUUGGAUAAGCUUUCAGAAGUUUGCACAACAGCAACCAUUAUCUGGCUCUAUGGUGCCAACAUCUCCUACUUUCAAUCUUGUGAAACCUCCUCCUGUGCCUCAGCAUAUGUCUCCAAAUGCUGCUGGCGUGUUCCAAGAGAUUGGUCAAAGCUCUGAGUUUAAAUUUGAGAAUAGACAAGUUAAGCCGUGGGAAGGAGAGAUGAUACAUGAUGUUGGUAUGGAGGAUCUGGAGCUUACACUUGGAAACGGCAAGGCUCGUGGUUGACUUUGAUCACUUGAAACUGAGAAGCUAUUCUUCUUCCAGGUAUCUCUGGAUCGUUAUGGAAUCUCAUUUGUUCAAUUCAUGAGCUUGAUUUCAAAAGCAUUAUUUGUAGAUAAAGAUAUGUCAAGAUGUAUGAAUAUUAUUAUGUUUCCUUACAAAUGUUAACAUUCAUGAGCGGCUUGAAAGCGUUGUGUGUUGUCUUUAUCAAAUUAAUUGGUGAUGUAUCAUGUCUUGAGCC